CAUUAAGGCAUUUUCAUCAGUUUUUGGUGGCUUUUUGAUUCAUUUAACUCUCGGGACUUUCUAUACAAUUGGAAAUAUGAAUACUUAUAUCACAUCGUAUUUGAGAAUGAAUGGUGAAAAAGAGCUGACUUACAGCUCUGCCAUUUGGAUCAAUACAGCCUUUAUUACAGGAAUGGGUAUAAUCAUAGCGUCGACUGCUAUAACAUAUUUCAGCAUUCAGUGGAGCUUUUUGUUAGUUGUUAUCACUUAUGGUUUGAUGCCUGCAUUGGGUUCAGGUCUGGCAUAUGCCGCACCGUUAUGGUUUCCAAACAAUAAAGGCAUUGUUACUGGAAUAACAGUCGGGGGCUUUGGUCUCGGAGCGCUUAUAUUCGACCAAGUUCAAACAUUGUAUUUAAAUCCCAACAAUUACUCGCCUAAAGACGAUAAGUCUAUCUAUUUUUUAAAUAAACUGAUUCUCGAGAAAGUGCCGCUCACUUUCUUGAUUUUGAGUCCUAUCUAUGGUUUGAUUCAAGCGAUUGGAGUCGCGUUAAUAUUUAACGCCGACAAACAUUUAGUGAGAAUUGAAUCAAACGAAACAAUUGAGAAUAUUGUAGACGAAUCUCAAACUCAUUCGGAUAUAACGCCUAAAGAUGCCCUCAAAUCUCCAUACGGAAUUGACUUGCAAUACGACGAUCAUUACCUGGCAUUAGUCGGAUCGUUGGCCUCCGUGUAUAAUGCCGUCGGAAGGAUAUUUUGGGGCAAAUUGUUUGAUAAAUAUAAUUUCAAAGCUGUGACCGGAAUAUUAGGAGCUAUAAUGCUUGAGAUAGUAAUGGAUAGAUUGGGUUAUGUUUAUUCCUUUAUGAUCGUCGCGUUCGUGUCAUUAAUUGGUAAAACAAAUUAA